AACAUAGGAGAUAAAAACGCUUCACUGAAAAUGUAGAAAUAAUACAUUUACUUUUAUCUGAGAAGGAAAUAAAUCAUAUUUUAAAACUUUAAGAACAAUGUCUAUUUAAAGGUUGUCUAUGCGUCCUGUCACUACAGAGAGCUCCUCAUAUAUGAAUAAUUCACUUGAUGAAAAGUGAUGUCUGUAUUCUUAUGUAUUACUUGUGUCUCAAUCUAACUCUAAUCUAACGUUACCUUAUUGCAAUGUGAAGACUGUGUUGUAAGAUUUGGCACCGUCUCCGUUGUAAUGAAAUAUUACAAGAAGCCCACUUUAAAAAAUCUGAAAUUUAAGACACAUCCUGUGAGGAAAAAUAUGGCAGUAAGAGUGUUUUUCCUGAAGAGAGAGCGUUCUGUAGCAGCUGCCUCCAGGCCAGCUCUUAUCUGCUGCAGCGGGGAGGAUGUGGUCAGUUGCUGGGACACUUUGUUGAUGGGUUGACUGGUUGCUGGUGUCGGGGCUCUGUGGGAUGGAGGUCAUUGUUCCUGUGAGCCCCCGGAGUAAAAAAAAAAAAAAAAACGCCGGGUGUUAUGUAGAAAGCCCGUCCUGUCGGGGGGGGGUGAGGAUGUAUAAUAAGAGCGUGGGGACUUUAGCGUCUCAAAGUCAGUUUUGUGAAAUUCUCCCAAACUGGACGGACUCAAGAAUCAUACAUGAUGGUAACCACAAUAAUGGCAUGAGAAACUCUGCAAACAUUUACAUUCCAAGCCUGAUUUUGAAUUAUUUUCCUUCAUCAGGAUUCCUACCCGGACACUCAUUCUGAUUUGGAGGUGAUCUUAGAGUUCCUCGAGGAGUACUACAGACAAAAUGCUGGAGAAAUCGGUAAGAGGAAAGCCUUGGAAUUCAACCUAAAGCAACCAAGUUUAAAAAAAAUAAAUUAUUUCAGCGUCUUUGCAAUGUUUUGGCUUGUUUCAGCGAGCAAGGUGAACUGGACUACAGGUGAAGGGUCAUGUGACCAACACUGCAUGUGCAACGAGCCACCUCGUUUGCUGGCACACAACGCUCCACCAUCCUUAAGCCAAAACACAACAGCAUUAUUGUCUGAGCCAAACUUUGUAUCAACAAGACAAGCAUCCAAAGCAGCGGGGCGAGGUAGAAAGGUGCGGCUCUUCCACUUUCUGUUUGAGAUGCUGGAGGACCCAAACAUGGCCCACUGCGUUUCUUGGGUGCCGGCAGCUGCAGGCGUCUUCCGCUUCUCCUCCACCAACAAGGACGAGGUGGCGGCGCUCUGGGGGCAGAGGAAGGGCAACAAGAGGCCGAUGACGUACCAGAAGAUGUCCCGCGCCCUGAGGAACUACGCCCGCUCCGGGGAGAUCUUCAAGGUGAAGAAGAAGCUCACCUACCAGUUCAGCCGUGACACCCUGACCCUCCUGCAGAGGUGUCAUAAAAGAGAUAUGUGAAAAGAACUAAAUGUUUCUGUUUAAUUUUUGUACUUUUUUAAGUCUUAUAUAAAACCGUAAAUGUAACUUUUGUGAAUUUCUUCUACCUUUCAUUUUCAACUCAACUGAUUUAAAAAUCACUUUC